AUGAGUAAAAGCCACACCCUGAAGAAUCCUGCACGAGUAUCCUAUGAUGCUGGCAUGCUGAAGACCUUCUGGGAGAAAAAAAUAGAGCUUCACACGAAGCAACUGCAAAACGAGGACAUGAGGAUACGCAGGAGUGCCCUGGACAGGCUCCGCGGUGAGUGGGCUCAGAGGCUGGAGAGGAGGAAUCAGAUGCUGCAGAGCAACCAGGAGGCGCCGACUCCACCAGGCGCCCAGGCCUUCCACACCCAGGACCCAAUGGCGGCCUGA